AUGACCGCACGGGAGGACUCUUCCACCCCGGAUGCAGCAGAUCUCAAUGUGCAUACGCAGGGUUGGGAAUACUACGGCCCUUCUUCGCCAAUCGCGUUCCUUCGCAAAAUCCCCGGGUUGUCAGAGGAACGGUCUGAAUACUAUGCUGAACAAACAUCUAGAACGUUUUUUGCUUCUCUUCUCCAUAACAGCACAUUUCCCCUUACACCUGCUGAAGGAGCUCUUACUCAUACCGACUCAGAGACUUUUACUCGGGAACGCCUCUACUUUCGAGUGUCCAGAAAGUUCAUCGAUGCCUACUUUGAUAAUCUCCAUCUCAUACAACCUGCCCUCGACCAAGAGAGAUUCAUGACUCGUUGUGAGGAGUUGUGGUUCGGUCACCAGGUCACCUACCCAUCCACAUUUAUUGCGCUGUACUAUAGCGUUCUUUCGCUCGGGGCACUCCUUGCCCAUCCGAAAUCAGGGAAGUUCCAUGGCUUAGAGCAUUUUGAAUGGAGCCGAAUAUUAUUCAGAGAGGCAUGUGAGGCUAUGUUGCGCCUUGGACAUUAUACGAACUUGGACAUGGUUCAAUGCUAUUACAUGAUGGCCAAAAUCGCCCAGCACGAGCUGAAUCCUCAUAUCACAUACUUGUACACCGGUCAGGCUAUCCGAAUAGCUCUGAGCAUUGGGCUGAACCGCGAAUCUUCAGCUCCGGGUAACGCCGCUCAAAGAUGCUCGACAGAGUCAAGCCAAACUUGGUGGUCCCUUUAUUGUCUAGAUGUCCAGACUAGCUUUGCUCUGGGUAGACCCGAUGGCUUAGGCCCAGAUGCUUUUCAUACUUGUUGGAUCCCUGGAUCAUCAAACAGUGCCUCACAAGACGCCGAAAUCGACGGAGACGCAAGCAUUCAAAUACUUCCGGCUAUGGUAGCGUUUUCGCGAGUCAUGCGACGCGUCGGAUCCGAACUUUACGCGACUCAAUACCCUCUGCCUAUCAGACUUCAGAAGGUCGUCGAUCUUGCACGUGAGCUUGAAGAGUGGCUAGCAGGAUUACCGCCACGAUAUCAGGAGACUAGCGACGGGGUCGCUCGUGCAUUGAAGUCGACUUUGUCCGUGAGCUGCGAGGAAAAGCAAAGAAUCGUCACUUGGCUGCGUUAUCACAAUCUUCGUAUGGUGAUACAUAGUUCAGUCAUAGGCGCCGUUCCGGAAAAGGAUCUCAGGGCCAAUGCGCAAGAACAUUGGCAGCUCUGCAUAAACUCGGCAAUGAGGACCAUUCAAAUCAUCCACGAAACCUUUCUCAAAUACAACUUCUUCCAGACAUGGUCUUACAAUUCGACAUAUAUCCUUUUCGCUGUCACAAUCCUGUUUAUUGGAGUGUUUCACCCUCUUUGCUGUGUCGACCCGGAUUUGAUUUUGGCCCAUGUGAAUCAAGCCAUUGUUGUUCUUGACGCGGUGGAAGAAACGGUCGUCACCCGGAAAGCCAUUGCCAUAAUCACGGAAACUCUUGCACGAGCAAAAGAUCAUUGCCGCCAUGCUGCAAGCCUGAGGCAUCCGAAUUCUACGAUCGCAACAACGCCGGCAGCUGUUAGCAAUCAGUCUCCGAGCACAGUACUCAAUUUUGCAAAUGGCGCAGGUUCCUCCUCAGUUGCACCGUCUGAUCCGCUCCUGAACCAAGAUAUACAGUCACUCAGCGUAAAUGGUCUGAGUUUCAUGCCCGAAGGGUAUGACUUCGAGACUUCAUCUUUCUGGACCGAAUGGGCACAAAGUCUGGGUGGAAUGGCCGAUAUGAACUACGGAUGCCCAUAA